UUUCUUUAAUUAACUGGAAGAAUGUAUCCCGUUUUGCUUCUUUCAAUACUCUACAAACAUACAACUUCAAAUAACCCGUGACCACGUUGCGAAAAUCCGAUCUACGUCUCUCCAAUCUUCCUGCGCCACAGCAAACCUGCGACCAACGAUCUCCGGCAAAGAUGAACGACGGAGAAGUUUCGAGGCAGAUCCAGCAGAUGGUGAGAUUCAUUCGCCAAGAGGCUGAGGAGAAGGCAAACGAGAUCUCCGUCUCCGCUGAGGAAGAAUUCAACAUCGAGAAACUGCAGCUAGUUGAGGCGGAGAAGAAGAAGAUCAGGCAAGAUUAUGAGAAGAAGGAGAAGCAGGCUGAUGUACGCAAGAAGAUCGAUUACUCGAUGCAGCUAAACGCGUCAAGGAUCAAAGUUCUUCAAGCACAGGAUGAUAUUGUCAAUGCCAUGAAAGACCAAGCAGCAAAGGAUCUUCUCAACGUCUGUGGCGAUGAGUAUGCCUACAAACAGCUUCUCAAGGAUCUCAUUGUUCAGUGUCUGCUUCGGUUGAAAGAACCUUCUGUGUUGUUGCGUUGUCGUGAAGAGGACUUGGGUUUAGUUGAAUCUAUUCUUGAUGAUGCAAAGGAGGAGUAUGCUGGUAAAGCUAAUGUUCAUGCUCCAGAGGUUGCCGUUGACACAACCAUAUUCCUCCCCCCUCCUCCUACUUCUAGUGAUCCUCAUGGUCUCCACUGCUCUGGAGGUGUUGUGUUAGCUUCUCGUGAUGGGAAAAUAGUGUGCGAGAACACACUCGAUGCGCGUCUUGAUGUGGCAUAUCGUAUGAAACUUCCAGUGAUCCGUAGGUCGUUGUUCGGCCAAGUUGCUGCGUAAUGAAUGAAAAGAGAGAGAGUGAUGUGAUUCAGACCGGUUUGUCUUUGGUUUUCCCACUUGGGAAUGAUUUCUCUUUGUUGUGAUUCUUUUUAUAUUCUGCAAAAAGUUUACCUCGAUGCUGAAAACCCAUCAACUCUUUGUUUUCGUAUGUAUUUUUUUUUUUACAUCCUUCCGGAGUCUUAUCGUUGGCUAUAAAAAUAAAUAAAGAAGUGAAAGACUUCUUUUGUUUUCUCUC